GGAACUAAAGUAGCUACGUCGAUGUUUCCCUGCUACAGGAGGGACUUAUUUUGAUAGCUGAAGUCCUAGAACGGUCAUGGACGCCACCGCGGAACGUGUUUUAGAGUACUUGACAGGAGUUGAAGAAGCAGCUGAAGAUGUCCUUUCAGAUAAACAACAGAUAGUGGACCUUGAUAGAAAAAGAAACGCAAACAGGGAGGCACUCAAUGCAUUACGAAAUGACUUGUCAGGGGAUGGAAAAGCGAAAGUUUGUUUGGGCAACAUGUUUAUUAAAUUGCCAAAAGACAAAACCAAACAGAUUCUUGAAAAAGACCAAGAACAGCUCGACAAGGAAAUUAGCGGUCUCCGCGACGGUCUCAAGGUCAAAGUGAAUCGACUCAAUGAGUUACAAGGAAAACCUGAACUCACAGGUUACAACCUCUGCCCCCUCAGCAAUGAGGAGAUGAAAGCCAUAAGCAGCAUCCUAAGGACGUAGCCCCCCCGCCCCCCAAACACACACACACGAUAGACCACUCAGGGUGCACACAAGAGAGGGUGUGGUGGGCCUGCUGGGGUGGUAAGAGAACCUCAGACUGUAAUAACAGCGUUAAAUUCACCCAGUGGAGAAGGCCAGACCGGGCUUCAUUAGGCUGCAGCUACCCCACAUGGGCUCAGCCCGUCGUGGUACUCUUUCAGAUUGGUGUGCGGAGCGACAGACUUUCAGCAGAAAUGGUUUUGUAUAUUUGCCACAGCGUUUUUUGUGUCUCAAUACUACUUAUCCAUGAUGUUGUGAACAGUUUGUGAUUCAUUUCUUGCCUUUGACACAUCAUGGUGCACUCAAAUGUAUGACCAAAAUUAAACCAUGACCAGUAAAACACAGAUGUGUUGAACUUCAAA